AGAAAACUUCACGCUAUAAUUGGCAUUACUAAUUACUAAAGAAAACUUCACGCUAUAAUUAAUGUUUGUAAACAGAACUAACCUUACGUAACAUUCCUUAUGUUUUUUGACGCCAAUAAGCCUAUUUUCGUUUAAGAGCUCUGAAUAGUUCUGAACUAUAUAUAUUGCAUAUUAGACGUAUUUGCGUAAAAAUUCAAAAUUAAUCGAAAGUACAGACCACAUGUAUGAUCAGAAAGGUUCAGAACUGUUCAGAAUUACAAAACACUUAAACUAAAAUAUUGCUAGCUAAGGCCAUCUAUGGACUAAUUUUGCUUUCAUAUUUACACAACUGGGUUAAAUACAAAAAAAAAGCAUUCUUUUCUAUAAAAUUGAUUAGAUUUGAAAAAUAAAUGCUAAUGAACGUAUUGGGAUUUUUUUAAAUAUGUUUUUAUACCCACACAAUCGAAAUGAGGACUUACAAAGAAUUACAUUUUACUUAUAUUACUUACAAUGGUUAUUUAGACGGAAAGAAACAUUCUUUUUAUAAAUACAUAAAUAAAUCAAAGUCAAUUUGACAACACUUAUUUUUUAUACAAAAUUUUAGUGAAUUAUUUAAAAUGCAAUUUUUACCAAGAAUAAAACCAGUAAGACAAUCUUUUAAAGAACCAUACGCUGUACCAGAAAGAUGUAAAGAAAUCCUAGAGAAAAUUCGAAAUGAAAAUAAGCCAGUGCUCCGCUUAGAAAAAACUGAUCCUUCAAAGAUUAUUUAUUUACUUUCAACGUUUUCUCAUCGUACAGCAGCUGGUAUUGAGAAGCAAUUAAAUAAAUACUUUAUGAAAGAACUACCAACAAAAUGUGCUUUUUUAACAACAUUUAUUGAUGAUGAAGCUCAAAUUAGAGCAAUAGGAACGAGAAAAUUAAAAUAUCCUUAUAGAGUUUUUUUAGGUAGUAAUGUAGUUGAGGAAUUGUAUAUAAAAUCUUUGUCGAAUACAAAUGGUCCUUUAGGACCUUUACAUCCGGAACUUCAUAGAUGUUUUGAAGAGUUGCUUAUUCACACUGAAGGUGUAAUUACAUCUAUACCUAUUUUUCCACCAGAAGAUUCAGCAAUAAAAUUCUUUUUAUUCUCCAUAAUAGAUCCGUCUGAUGAUAUAAUGUUUGUAAUGCAAUUCGUUAGCGAAUCAUUCCGUUAUUUUUUACCAACAUUAACACAAACGAUCAUAUAUGAUUUGGAAUUAUUUAAUCGAAUAGUCACUGAAGCGACUUUAAAUUUGAUUGGAACACUUUAUUCAAUUUUCACUGAUCUUAAUGAAGUUGUUAAAGUCGUUUUAAAGCACACUAUUGAAUUAACGCAUUCGAUGGAUGGUUGUUUUUAUUUAAUCGAUCCUGAUGAUGAUUUAAAAGCUCGAAUGUUUAGUACGAUUAACGAUGACAUUCAUAUUGUGUAUUUAAGAGAUUAUGAUGGAAUUGUUGGUCGUUCGGCCAGAACAGGGUUAUCGAUUAUAAUUAAAAGAAAUCAAGAAGACUUACUAGAACACGAUCGUCAUAUAAAAGUAAAAUGUAUGUUUUCAUGCCCGAUUUUUUAUAAAGAUCAAUUAGUUGCUGUUAUUCUUUUAUACAAUAAACGGAGUGGUGAUUACACGUAUCAAGAUUUUCUUGUUUUGAAUAUGUUGGAAGAUACUUGUGGGGCACUCAUAUCAAAAUGUAUUCUAUAUUAUAACGCAAAACAUUUAGAAGAGCAAUGUCAAUUUGGUUAUAGAAUGCUAACACAUUACUUUAAAUUUGAUGAUGCGUCUGUUGAGCAAAUAUUAAGUUGCACUCACAAUAAUUAUAUGGAUAUGGAUUUCUUUGAAUUCGACCCAAGGGAGGUGAUGUUAUGUGAUAUGUGUGGGUUUGUUAUGAAGAUUUUUGAAAAUUUUAAUUUACUUGGUCGUUUUAAAAUCGAUCGCAAGAAAUUUGCCAAAUUUAUUUUACACGUCAAAUUUGCGUUUCAUGAUUUGUCGUUUCAUAAUUGGGAGUUAGCGUUUUGUUCUUUACAUUUUGCUUUCGUGGUUGUUUCGUCAAUGAAUUUAAUUGAAGAAAAAAUUCUUAGUGAAUUUGAUGUUUUUAUUAUGUUUCUUAUUUGUUUAACUAAUAAUUUGGAUUAUCGCGGACCAGUUAAUGCUUUUAAAUUACAACUUGGAGCUGGUUUGGAAAAUUUGUAUACCAGUACAGGAAAUAUUGUGGCAACUCAUAAUUUUUGUCAACUUAUUAAUAUACUGGGAUUAAAUGAAUGUAAUUUUCUUAAUGAUUUUACUGCGAUUAUCUACACAAACACUUUAGAAUUGAUUCAGAAAUAUAUUCUUAAUACCGAUAUUAUAAGGAAUCACAAUUUAGUAACAGAACCGACAACAGGAUAUAACAGCAUUUUCACCUUAAAAAUGGUUCCUCAAAAGAUUAAGUUUCUUUUAAUCGGAUCAAUAAUACAUUUAGCUGCUCAUUCCGAUCAUUUAAGAAAUUUCAAAUCAUCAUUGAAUGCAUUUAGAUUGCUUCAUCAAGAAAUAAGAGAAACUAAAUCUUAUUACUACCUUCCUGGUACUGGAUUACCAAACAUUGAAUACUACACAAUUUGUGAAUUAAAUCAAAACUUUUUGAAAAUCCUUGUGAAACCUUCCCUUUUAAGACUUACAAGCCUUAUUCCUGAUCUUAGUCACUUGUUGGAUAAAUUACAUGAAAUCAGCGUAUGUUGGAGGUAUUCAUGUCAAAUACUUGAAACAUUGGGUGAAGAAGAGGAUUUGUGCCAAUUGGAUGUAUUAAACAUGGAUACCUUCGCAGAUAAAGUUUUAGAAAUCGCAGUUUUCACACACGAACAAACAGAAUUUGAUAAAGAAAACAUUUCUCUAAGUUACGAGGUUGAACUUGAAGAUGAAGAACUAUCAAUUGAUUAUGAUACUGAUACAAGUGAAGAUGAAGACAAACAAUUGAUUGCCGCGCUAGAUAAAGUAUCAACAGAGUCAGUUUUACCAACAGAUGUUUAUUAAAAAUAUGUUUUACAAUUUGUUUAAUUUUAAUACAAAUAAAUGUUCAGAAGGAA